CUUACACAAACUGUCUAUAUAUCUUCUUCUCUCCAUAAGCACUUCCGUCGGAAAUGGCAAACGAAAUCAUUCUCAACGCCUUUGGUAUAUUGGGAAUUAUCUCCUCAUUCGGCAUAUAUGCUUGCCCAAUGCUGACUAUGCACAAGAUACUUCUGAAGCGUUCAGUUCAACAAUUUUCUCCGGACCCCUAUUUAGGAACCGCCAUAAAUUGCAUGUUCUGGAUCCUCUAUGCCCUCCCCGUCGUUCAUCGGGGCAGCAUUCUGGUUUUGAUAGGUAAUAGUAUAGGAUUAGGGCUGGAGAGUGUAUACCUUAUUAUGUUCCUCCUCUACGCCAAAAGCAAUCAACAAAGGAUUUACAUAAUAAGCAUAUUUAUAGUUGAGUUGGCGGUAAUCGGCCUUGUUGGUGGGCUGGUGAUUGGACUGGUACAUACCGACGAAGAGAGAUCGCGUAUCAUAGGAAUCUUGUGCAUCAUUUUUAAUCUUGCAAUGAGUGGAUCUCCUCUUACUAUUGCGAGACAGGUUAUACAGACGAAAAGCGUAGAGUACAUGCCGUUUUUCCUUUCCCUGACCAACACACUUAGCGGAGUUUUUUGGCUCACAUAUGCCACAAUACGACUCGACUUAAACAUCCUGAUUCCAAAUAUUAUUGGCGCGGGUUUGGGCGUCCUCCAGCUGAUACUAUACGCUCUUUACUACAAACCCUCGCCUAAGGACACCAGCGUGGUCAGUGUGGAGACCGUCUAAUUGAUAUGUAUGGUGUCAAUCCUCAUACCUGGAUAUUCCAAUUUUAAGUUACCCGCGCAGCUAUGUACAAAUGGUUACUAAUUAUUAAAUUUAGCAAAACUAGAAAGGGAACAUGAGAGGAAAUCUCGUAAGGUUAUGAAAUGAAUGUGUUUUGAUAGGUAGGAUAUUUCUACAGACAGUGAAAUUAUGUGAUC